AUGAGCUUCCACACCAUGCAGCGCUCAGUGACAUCAUCCGCCACACUCCUCCGACGGGCAAAGCCCUCGGCUGGACACCUGCGGACUUUCUCAUCAUACGGAAAUGCACACCUCUCCUCCAAGCGGGACAUGCAGACUGCAACAGCUUACCGUCCUCACACCCUUCCCUCCUCUUUCCCGCCUCCCCGAAGUAGCGGUGGCGCCGACACUUCCAUCUCCGCUGAAUUCCCUCCCUCCGACUCAAAAUCAUCUCAGACUACCUUUCAGAACGGUGCAUCACCCAAUGUGAGCCUUCGGGAAGGUGAAGCGCAAAAAUCGAAACCCACCUCCGCUUCCCCGAAGACUUCCCCGAAACCCCGUCGGCCACUUCGGCCAAGGAAGGCAGCUAUGAAAUUGUCCGCGGUGGCCACUGAGCAACUUCGGAAAUUGAUGGCCCAGCCUGAACCCAAGUUUAUUCGGGUCGGUGUCAAGAACAGGGGCUGCUCUGGUCUUGCUUACCACCUGGAGUAUGUGGAAAAGCCGGGCAAGUUCGACGAAGUCGUUGAACAGGACGGUGUCAAGGUCCUCAUUGACAGCAAGGCCCUUUUCAGCAUCAUUGGCAGUGAAAUGGACUGGCAUGAGGAUAAGCUGAGCCGACGCUUCGUUUUCCGCAACCCCAACAUCAAAGAAGAAUGUGGAUGCGGUGAAUCCUUCAUGGUCUAA